GUAGAUUGAUGUGGAUGCGAGGUGUUCCCUGACUUCCCAGCCCCUUCCCCUUCCCUCAGUUAUCCCUUCCCUUCAGCGUGUUCUGUCGGUCCAGCACACUGCGGUCAGCAUGACCUCCACCUUGCAGACCCUGGCCUUUAAACUGGCCCCUCCCUCAAGAGAAGCUGGGUCAGGACAGCUGGAGCCCUGUAGUGAUGUACAGGGGCGACGCUAUGAGGUUGUCCCAUCAGUGGUCUGCUCCAUGUGCUGUCUCUUCGGAAUCAUCUAUUGCUUCUUUGGUUACCGCUGUUUCAAAGCUGUACUCUUCCUGACGGGACUGAUGUUUGGCUCCGUCAUCAUUUUCCUUCUCUGCUACAAGGAGCGAGUGUUAGACACGCAGCUGAGCGUGGAGGCUAGUGUGGGCAUCGGCCUGGGCAUCGGCACCCUCUGCGGCCUGGUUACCAUGCUGGUGAGGAGCGUUGGCCUCUUCAUGGUAGGGCUGCUCCUGGGCCUGCUGGUGGGCAUCGGGACUCUGAUCGGCAUGGAGGAGCUCUCGUCCAACCCCCCGCGAUCAGUAUGGGUGCCCCUGGGUGUGCUGCUGGGCCUGGGCAUGCUGUUCGCCGUUCUCACCCUACAGUGGCAGAGAUGCUUCACCACGCUCUCCACAGCCGUGUUUGGAGCUGCGGUCAUCGUUGUAGCCACUGAUUAUUUCGUGGAGCUCUUCGCUUUGGUGAGGUAUAUUUACGAGCGGGUGAAGACUGGCCCCCGGGAGCCGGUGUGCUGGACGACGUGGGUGGUCCUGGGAGCCUGGCCUGCUCUCGCCCUGCUGGGAGUGUUGGUGCAAUGGAGGGUGACGGCGGAAGGUUACUCCCACACCAAGGUGAUGAUCAGUCGUCAGCAGCGGCGGGUUCAGCUCAUGCGUAUUCGUCAGAAAGAGGAGAGGCGGGAGAGCAGCAGGAAGAAGAAGAGGAAGCAGCCGCAGAGCGCACAGCACACGCAUGCUGCCAAAGCUCUGCAUCCGGAGCCUGCCUACCGCAGAAAACCCAACCCUAUACGACGCUUCGAUGGAGACGUGCUUUCUCCUAGCUAUAUCCAGAGUUUCCGGGACCGUCAGGUGGAUGGUCGUGCUUAUCCAGUAGGUGGACUGAUGCCUUCAGGCCACACAAGUGUGGAUAUGGACUAUGACUGUGGCUCCACCGUCCCGCUCACUGCUGGGGUUGGACCACACGUCCGGGUCUGACCACUCUUACUUACAAAUAAACACACACACACACACACAAACACAAAUCCGGUGCUGACCUGACCCGGAGUCUCGCACGCACAGAGGCUCGGGUCCCCUCACCAUUCGGGACAAAUAAACAAACAAUUCAAGCACUUGUAACUAUUAAAAUACUGGACGCCUCAUUCUGAGACCACGGUUGUAUCGAAGAGCUGCUUUCAAACACACACAAUAACACUAACACACUUUACCCGAACAUGUGCCUGAAGUGUGGCAUUCUGUUCACUUACUAUACAAACCACUAUCGACUAAACUAAACUAACUGGGCUCCAUUUCUGUCGAAGCGUUCAGUGUGGUGAAUUCGUGUUCAUCGAUGUCUCGUUUCCGUUUGUGACGAAUUCAUCAGUCGGUGCUCAAUCUCGUCUUCGUUCUCUUAAUGCUGACUCCCAUUUUAAAGUGUGUCAUAGUAAAGUCCGUGGAUUCCAGCACCAGUGUUUUUGUACUGUGAGAUCCCGCUUUCUGGCCCAGGACCGUACCAAAAAAAAAAAAAAAAA